UAAACCAGAGGGGUGAAGAAGACGAACAGAGCAAAAGCUAAGAAUGGAUGGACUGAGGAAGCUAGAAAAUGUACAGAAAAUUAUACAAAUGAUGGAGUCUCACGGUAUCGUUAGUUCUUCUAGCAACACCCAUAAUGCCAGCUCUCUUCGUUUUCUUGCUGAUGUAGUCCUUCUUUUGGUAUCGCGAUGCUGUGAACUUGACAUUGGUGCCAAGUGCCAAUUGAUUAUUGACCAUGUGCCAAAGUUUUCACAUGCUUUCCUUGAGGAAGCAUUGCAGUGUGCUAGUGAGCAAGGUGUUGAACAAAUGGUAAAUACCGGUCCACUUGAUUGUGGUGAUAAGAUUAUACCGGAUCCAUCUAAAAUGGGAUCCGAAGAUAUGCCAAUGAUUGGACUUGAUGCUAUGCAACGAGCUAAUUCUACAUUAGAAGAUUUUUGCAGGUCUUAUUUUAUGUUUCACAAAAUGGAUCCUCACCAACCUCAGUCUAUGUUCAGAUACCUACCGAUACUUUCAUUUACUGAAAGUUACAUUUAUCAGUUGGAUAAUUUAAAUGAGAAACUGCUGCAGCCAUCAGUGAGGAAGGAUCAAUCGUCAUAUCGUGAAUACAGUGUGGAAGAAAGCUGGGAGCUUACAUAUGUGAGAAUGAUGACCAAUGAUCCGUUUAGACCUCUUUCUAUUUUACUUCAGCAGCAUGGGCUUUUGACAGACAGGGUAAGAGAAGAGUUUAGUAGUGGAACAGAAUAUUGGUCUCUGGAGAGAAAGCUGUGUCAUGCACUUGGGAGUAAACAAGAGAUUUCAGUUGAAGAUGUCAUGAAGGCAAUUCAUCUGAAGUCCUUUGAUUACCGGGUGCUGAAUCUUCUGUUGUAUCAACUGAGAGAUGAAAAGGUCAAUGAUAUGCAUAUGGAAUUUUUGACAAUAUCGGAGUUCCUUGUGGAGAUAUCCGAUGACUUGUUUGAUUAUGAGGACGAUGUGUUAGAGAAUAGUUUCAAUAUUCUGCGCAUGUUCAAUGGAAUUUAUGGGGCUUCUGCAGCACCAACCAUGCUGGCAAAAGUUAUAACUGAAGCUGAAGAGAAGUAUGAUAGUCUUUUGAAAGCUCUCGAUCCCGAGCUCUCUCUGAAGUAUCAGAAGAGAUGUGAAGAAGCUACUAAAGAAGGCGGGAAGACGUCAGGUCCAUCUCUUGGAACAUGGAGUAUACCUUCUGUUAUUGAAGACGAGGAACUAUAUCGAUCUGAUGUUUUGAAUUCGAAGCCAUCACAGAAUACUCAACAACAGUCAAGCCCUACCAGCCAGAAACCACUAAAAUGGCAGCUGAAACAACGUAAAUCUGCAUAAACGAAAACAAAAAAAGACAAUCUGGAGGUUAGCAUCUAAUCCUCCCCAUUUACCAUCAUAGAA